CAUUAAUGGCAUCCGCCGAAGGAGAGACAAGCAACGAAGAUGGCGGCGGUGGCUCCAUUGAGGACCUCUACCAGAUCAACGUCUUCCCUACCGAGCUUUUCCUCAAGUUCCGCAAGGAGCUGCAGGGCUUCCGCGUUGGCGUUAAUCUCGAGUUUUAUAACUUACAAAGUAAUGAUUUUCAAUCAAAAUUGGUUUUAAAACCUCUAUCGCCUGAUCGGAGAUGGAAGUUCAUAUGUGAGCCAAUAGAAAAGGAUGUGCGCCUGCUGUCCAAGAAGAUCCCUAUAACAAAAUAUCUUAAUCUUCAGGUCGGCAUAGGGCAUAAUUUCCAUCACAAUUUGACCGGAUGGCAAUGGAAGAUUUCAACUUGUUUGGGUGGUGAUGGUAUUUCCCAGUUUAGAAACAAGACAUCGGUCAGUUUAUUUCCAGGAUUAGACUUGAGGAUCGCUUACAGGGCGGAGUACAUUCUUCCUGAAAUUCAUGGGGCUGUCGGGACCGGAGAACCGAUCUUUAAUAUGAACUAUGGAAAGUUGCAUGCAUCUAUAGACAGAUUUGAGGCAAUUAUAACUCAUGGAAGCUGAUCUGUUAAAACAAGUGAAAAAAUGAUCUUGACUUGUUCUUCGUGUUUUGGUUUCAAGUAAAAUAAUUUUUUUGUUCUGCUAUUUUUGAUGAUUUUGUGAAAUUAUGAUGUCGGAGAUCGAAAAAAAAAUGUUUGAACAAGAACAGUUCAUACAUGUAUAGAUUAUGUUCAGUUUCACAUGUUAAUCUUGAAACUGUUCUUUGCCAAAGCUUAGUGACUUCGUUGAUGAAAUUGCUCAGCUUUUUCA